UUGGGAAUGCCUGGGUUAGAGGUUACUUUUCUGUCUGUUCCAUUUGCAACACGUAAAAGCCAACGAUGAUCACAGUAGACGGACACAGAGUACAUAGAUAUACGUUUGACCAGCAGGUGGUGCUGCUACUACUUCAGUUGCAGGUCUCUAGCAGACAGUCCCAGAGCAACACUCCCAAUGCAGGCAGGGAAGGAGAGACACAAUACACACACAUACUCGUUGCUAUGUAUUAUGCGUGAUCAGCAGGGGUGGUCUCGGAGUCCACCUUUACCUUAUUAUUGUUAGGUAAGACAUGGAUGCAGCUCAGUAAUGAAUAAUGUUUAUUCCAGUGGCUGAGGGUGUGUUUCUUCUACUGCCUGCCGAGCCUGUUCCUCUAGUUAGUAGUAGGUGAGGGGAAAGUUUGCCGGAGACGCCGCGGGUCGGUGCGGGUACACAGAGCAUGCCACUGGGUGGAUUACACGUACUGCUGCUGUGACAAGGACCGAGCUACCUGCAUUGGAUCUACUCAGGACAACUUCUCAGAAUGUACUUUGUGGCUGCUUCGGCAACUUACACAGGAGCUGCCGGCUAGAAGUAAUCACUCUACUUCCUAAUAGAAUAUAAGGGGUUCCAUGCUACACUCUACUCUGAUUUUCCCACUUCAUCUGUAUGAAACAAGCAGAGCAGGUAUCAAGGUCCCUCAGUCAUGGACUUCCCCUUCACGUUCAGCAAAGCAUAGCAGAUUUUAUGUCAACACUCUGGAAUCUAGAAUUGGAUACAUGCGUUGAAUUCUGAUGCACAAGCAUUGGUCAUUGUUGCACUCCUGAAAUCCUAUUUAUCGCAAGUCCACAGAUUUUGGGAACACUUGGAUCACUGAAUCAACUCAGUAAGAGAAUCCUUACUACACGUGACAGAUGAAUAUUUUUGUCUGCUAUGACACUACUAGUUCUGGAGUUUACAAGCUUCUUUUUACAUAAACUUAAUCUCACAAACUAUUUUUCUACACCUGUAAAUGAUGUAAGUUCAUCCUAAUGGGACAGUGGAGGCUCAAGCACUGCAUUUCCAUGUUCAUAAUAGGUGUUUUUGCUUUUCAUCGUCUGCAUUGUCUAUCAGGAUGAUAGAUUUAUUUUCUUAAAUACGAGGAUGGUACGGCGAGGGCUACUGAGUUGGAUUUCUCGGGUGGGAAUCCUACUUGUCUGUCUUUGCUGUAUUGUAUCUGUUUUGUAUAUGCUGGCCUGCACGCCAAGAGCCGAGGAUGAACAGCUCAUACUGCCCAGAAUUAAUAGCCCUACAGGAAAAGAAGGCUACCAUGCUAUAUUGCAGGAGCGCGAGGAAGAACAUCGGAAUUACAUUACUAGUCUGAAAAAGCAAAUUGCCCAGCUAAAGGAUGAGCUUCAAGAACGUAGUGAAAAACUCAAAAAUGUUCAAGGUCACUUCACUGAUUCUCUCACUGUGACCUUUGACCACGCCAGUCCCGAGAAGACGCAAACAGACCUCUUAGACUUUCUGCAUUCCCAGGUUAGCAAAGCUGAAGUACAUAAUGGUGUGAAGGUUCCCACAGAAUAUGCUGCCAUUCCAUUCGAUAGUUUUACUCUGCAAAAAGUGUACCAACUGGAAACCGGCCUUACUCGCCACCCAGAAGAAAAGCCUGUAAGGAAAGAUAAACGGGAUGAGCUUGUGGAAGCUAUUGAAAAGGCAGUGGAAGCUCUGAACAAUCCUGAUGAUGGAAGCAAUACACCUAGACGAGUAUAUACGUCUACUGAUUUCAUAGAAGGUAUUUAUAGAACAGAACGUGAUAAAGGAACAUUGUAUGAACUGUCUUUUAAAGGGGAUAGAAUUCAAGAAUUCAAACGAGUUGUUCUUUUUCGACCAUUCGGACCCAUUGUGAAAGUGAAGAAUGAGAAGAUGAACACGGCCAAUGUUCUUGUGAAUAUCAUUGUCCCCUUGGCGAGAAGAGCAGACAAGUUUCAGCAGUUCAUGCAGAAUUUCAGAGAAGUAUGCAUAAACCAGGACAAGAGAGUUCAUCUCACUGUGGUAUACUUUGGGAAGGAGCAGGCACAAGAAGUGAAAGCUAUCCUGGAAAACACUUCAAAGACUGCAAACUUCAAGAACUUCACUUUCAUUCAGCUGAAUGAGGAAUUCUCCCGUGGAAAAGGAUUAGAUGUUGGAGCUCGUGCCUGGAAAGGAAAUAAUGUUCUUCUAUUUUUUUGUGAUGUGGAUAUAUACUUCAAUGCAGAGUUUAUGAACACAUGCAGAAUAAACACCCAGCCAGGGAAGAGAGUUUUCUAUCCAGUCCUUUUCAGCCAGUAUAAUCCUGCUAUAAUCUAUGGGCAUCAUGAUCUAAUUCCUUCUGUUGACCAGCAACUGGUUAUGAAAAAAGACACAGGAUUUUGGAGAGACUUUGGCUUUGGGAUGACUUGUCAGUAUCGUUCAGACUUCAUUAAUAUAGGUGGUUUUGAUGUAGAUAUCAAAGGUUGGGGUGGAGAAGAUGUCCAGCUGUACCGCAAAUACCUUCACAGCAACCUUAUUGUUAUCAGGACACCUGUUAGGGGGCUCUUUCAUCUCUGGCAUGAAAAACGCUGUAUGGAUGAACUGACCCCAGAGCAAUACAAGAUGUGUAUGCAGUCCAAGGCCAUGAACGAGGCUUCUCAUGGUCAGCUCGGCAUGCUGGUCUUCAGACAUGAGAUUGAAGCACAUCUUCGCAAAAAGAAACAAAAAUCCAGUGUAAAGAAAUCAUGAGAUUGGUAUAAAAGAGUGUGUUCAUAACCAGUACCAUAUCCAGCCAUUGGAGCAGAAGAGGAACAUGCAGAGUCACCAAGUGGCUGUACGAGGAAUUUGGGCAGCUGACAGAUUCUCCUUUCGAUGAUGAUUGAGUAUGAAGCAGAUUUUUCAGAAGAAGAAAUUAAAAUGGUUGACAGAAGUUUAUUUGAUGGAAUUAAAGUUGAUCAGUAAAAUAUUUCAAUCGCUGACUUGUGAGAUGCCAUAGAAUACAUAUCAAGGGCACACGCAUAGGAUUUGUUCAGUUGGACAGAACUGGCUGGCAUAGUCAGAAGCGGUUGUGCCACAGGUGGGAUAUGCUUAGGGAUAAUCUCAAAAUGACGAAAUGAUUUGUUGUGGAACAGAAGAGAAAUAAUCUUAAAUAUGCAGAGUUAGAAAAUAAUAAUUUUUUUUUUUGUCCAGAUUAAACAAUGCAAAUUAAUUAUAUUCUAACAGUUUGCUUUGAAUGUACAAUAAUUUAAAGAGGUAUACUGUAUCUACUCUGAAAUUCUUAACCUCACAAUUUUUUUGCAACAUCUUAAGCUAAAUUAUAAGCAGAAGCCAUAUACCAUGCAUAUAAAAACAUGGCUAGGAUCCCUUUGUGUUUUAUUUAAUUGCAAAAUAAUUACAUUUGCUUAUUGUUAUCCUAAUUUGAGUUUGAAAGAUGAGCGAUAUUUAUUAUUAUUCAUUUGACGUAAUCACAAAUUACUGUAUUUUUUUGCGGUCCUUAAAUUACAUUCUUGCGUGAGAGCACAAAAAAAGUCUUUAACAAGAUAAUAGUAUUUUUCAUUUAAGUGUUAGUUUCAGAAACUAGUUAGACCAGUUCUAACUGUUUGGACGGCUAAAGACAAAUGUAAUAGUGUGACAUUUGCAGAGAAUAUAUGCUUUGUUCUCUGAUGAUACUUAAACUCCAGGAAGAAGUGAAUCCUGUAAUUACAAGGCUGUUAUUACUUACAAAAAGUCCUGACCCAGAUUACUGAAAGGGUUCUUGUGUUUAGUACUAUGAAUUCCAGGAUGGCAGAUAUUAACUCAAAACUUAGCACUCUACGGGAAUAGAAGACAUAUUCCUUAUUCGGUUUUUAAACUGCACUAACAUGUAUAUGAUUUUCAUUUCAAUUAACUAUUUUUUUACAUGCAGCUCAAAAGCUUGAUGUUGGUUAUGAAACCAGAUCAUUAAAUAAUGUUUGCCAUUUUGUUUAACUUUUUUUUUUUUCUUACACCAUAAUAGCAUUCUGGUGGAGUCACGACAUUACCCUCCCAAUGCUUCCAUCUAAUGCAUCAUCAAACAGGUUUUUAUCAAACACGUGUACUACAUAUGAUCAAGCUUGUAUGCUAGCGUUAGGAAGCCUAUACCGUGCGAUGCAAGUUGAUCAAUUAUAAAAGGAUGUUUUGUAACAUGUAAAAAGUGUAGAUGAGAAAAUUCUCAUGAAGUUUAUUUUUUUAAAUAAUAAAAAUGAAGUAUGAAGAUGAGAGCUCUAUUAUCAUGACUGAAAUCUAAGGAUAUAUGUUUAAUGUACUGUAAUUUAACAGGUUUGCUUUUGUAUAUUUAGAAACAAGUAAAUGAUGCAACAAAAUAUUUAAAAAUGUUUGUUUUCCUAUAAAAAAAAAAACACUCGCCCUAAUGAAAUACAGUGUAAGAUUUAAUUUAAUUAAGGAUCUUUAAUUCUUUAUUUAGAAUGUAAACUCUGCUGGGCAGGGACUGUUGUGAACAAUUACAUAUCCUCUGUACAGAGCUGUGUCAUUUGUGUGGCGCUAAAUAAAAAAUCCUAAUAAUCAUAUUGCACAAUAUGUGUAAAUGAAACAAAAAUGACCUAAAGAAAGAAUAUAUGUACAGUAUACUAUAUAUGUACACUAUAUAUAUAUAUAUAUAUAUAUAUAUAUAUAUAUAUAUAUAUAUAUAUAUAUAUAUAUAAUCUAUCCUAUGGCCCUUACAUAUGUGCUAUGCCCACAUACAUAGGAUUUAAAAGCACAUUACAAUUAAGGUGUACAACAGUCUCCACUUUCUCUAUUUGGUUGAAAAAUCCUGUGCUGUAUUUGCCCUUAAUUCUUCCCACUCUUUCCCCAAUCAAGAAUGAAUUGCACUUCCUCCCAGCUCUAGUCAGAGUUUCUGAAUUGCACUAAAUGUCACGGUAGAAAUACAGUCUGGAAUUGCAUUCCGCACAAUGGCGAAACAAACAGCUGAAUUGUUAAGACUAUACAGAACUUUCACAUCUUCAAAACAGCCAUGUGUAUUCCGCUUUUAGGCGGGGCUGGAUUAGGGCCUCAUGGGCCUGGCACUGAAAAUGUUGAAGUGCCUAUUAUCAGAACCAGAGGGGGUGUGACCAGUGCUGUGUGGGCGUGGCCAGUGCCAUGUAGACCCCGUACAUGAUCAUCCCCAAUAUCUCUCUAAAUAUGUAAGAGUAUAAAAAUUGCAUCAUUUUGUGUGGAAAAUAGAAAUACAAUUUAUUGCUCUGAUUUAUGGCUGACUGUGUGGCCAGCUGGUGGCUGGUCAUCAUCAUGCUGUCAUAAUGAUGGGCCUAUUUUAUGUGGAGGCCUGGAGCUGUAAUUCCAUCUGCUCCACUGUUAAUCUGGCCCUUCUUUUAGGUACAUAUUAGACAUAAGUGAAAUUGUGUUGAAAUUUAGUACAUCGAUGUUUCCCAUUCUGAAAUAUUGCAAUUUGUUGUGCUUUGUGGAUCUAUUACUAAGUAAAUCUUUGACCUCUGCCUUGGUAAUAACAUCAUGUCUAUAUCUGUAUUAUCAAGUCACUGGCUUGCCAACUUCCAUAGAGUCCUGGGCACAUGGAAGAGGCUAACCUACUCUCUCAGGAGUCCAGGAGAGCUCCCUAAAAUUUGUCAUUGCCCUGAUGGGUAUGACUGGGAAGAACAGCUAUUUAGAUAUAGCCUGGCAACCUUGCAGUAACGUUUAGGUUUCAGUACUACCAGCACCUGUUCCAUUUUCCAAGGAGCUCCAUUUACACUUGGCUGUUUACACAAAUUGAACCAUCACUGUGAAUAUCCAGAGGUGGUUGUCUCUACAUAGGAAAAUACUAUUGUGUAGCGGUAGUCCGCUGGCAUUUUGUGCUUUAUAACAGGUAUUAUUAGUAUGGUACUGCACCAUUGAUUUAUAUAUUGCUCCCCCUUAACAUCUUUGGUUAACAUUAUUAUAAUCUUGUAAUGAUUAUAUUAACAAGAUCUUUAAAAUAAUUGUUAGGGAGUCUGGUGGCAUUUUCUAGUACUGUAGAGUGUUAUUAUCUGUUAAGAGUUAUGCUGUUGAUGAUUAUAAAAUGUUUUUUUUGUUUUUUUUAUAUAACCAAAGAAAUUAUUUUAACAAGCUAAAUAAUUAACUAUAGGUAUAGGAAAAAAUGUCUGGACUGGAAUGGUGGGAACCUUGCGUUUCUUUUGCUACCUGACUUGCUGUGACAUUUCCCCCGGCUCAUUAAACUGUUUAGCAGCGCUCUUCAUAGUGACAAUAUCACCAUGCAGCCACAGUCAUUUUAUGUUGUCCUUUCUGGUUUCUGGAACGUUAUGGAUAAUAAGACCCCGGAGGAGAGGGGUGGUCUUCAGUUUGCCGGCUGUCGGGAACCCGGCGCACAGUAUACCGGCGCCAGAAUCCCGACAGCCAGCAUACCGAAACUUUAUCUCCAUCUUGAGGGUCCACGACCUGCCCAGAGGGAGAAUAAAUAACGAGGGGCUCAUUUGCGCUCGCCACGCUGUCGGUAUGCUGGCGGUCGGGAUUCCGGCGCCGCUAUGCUGGUCGCCGGGAGCCCGGCCGCUGGCAUACAAUACUACACCCGGAGGAGAGAUGUUAUAUUGUACUGGUAGAGCUGCAGAUCUCUUAAGAGAGUGAGACUACAUAAAGUUCAUUCAGACUAGCAGCAGUUAUUGUAAGUUAUGCAAAACCCUCCUUAAUAAUAUUUUAUUUUCGCUGAUGUGUGUAGAUUUCCACCAAAGUCCAUGGGUUUCUUGCAGGAAAGGGAGGGACUGGUGGAGGAGCAGAGGUUUGCAGCUGCUGAUAGGAGAAAGUAGAAUCCAGUACAAACUAGUGCUUCUGCUUUAGGGGAGAAGUGCAAAAAUGUCAUUUCGUUUUGCAGAGUAAGAAUAUUAAAAUUAUAUUUAAAAAAAAUGGAGGUGGUGCAUUUUUAGGGACGUUCCUUGCUUUCAGAAGGGUGUAUUAGCCAUUUCGCAUGACAACUUGCACCAGCAGUGACCUGGCAGAGAUCCUAUCUCAUCAUGUACUUUUAAUGGGAUACAUUUUGCACUUAAAGUACACCUCGGUGCACUGUUGCCUAAUUUGUAAACAAAUAACAAAACACAAGAACAGUCUUUAUGUCUCCUCAGUUUCAUAAUUCAUAUAAACCAUAAAUUAGUCUAAUCUGAGCUGUAUAUUAGUCGGUUCUUAUCCGCUUUAACUGGCAUGGUCAGAUCACAUGCGACUGUGAUGCCCCACUGUGUCCCUCAGUUUAUGUUGAAGAGAUCAGUUCGGCAGAUGUGCAUAAUAUGAUAUUUAAAUAUUUAAAAAAAAAUACUUUUAAACUAUAUUGAAUAAAAGCCUAAAAAAAUCUGUUAUGAACGGUUUUGAAGGGAAAAAUUGUCAGUUAAAUGGUUAAUAGUUUGAAUUUGUAUUUUUGCACAGUUGAAUUUUCUGCCUCUCCACAAACCAACAGGUACAUCUGUAGUUUGCAGACUAUGCACCUUGUAAUGGGCAGGACUAUAUGUUCCAAACCAAAUGUGUUUUUCAAUCUGCAUCCAAUGCACUUUGGAAAUUAGGUCCUAUGUGAGGGAAAUACAGUCCAAAACCACUUGUUUGAAUGAGCCAUACUAGUUAAUCUGUUGCUUUGCAGUAGUUCAGAGUUAGCAUACCUUUAUACAUUUUACGGGACGCAGUUAUUCGACCGGCGGUACAACAUCGACGCCGGGUUCCCCCCCCCCCCACACACACACACAAUGCCGACUAACAGGGACUAUUCCCACUCGCAAAGGGCUUCUUUGCGCUCCUCCCCCCCCCCCCCCCCCCCCCCCCUGGCCUGGCAUCUAAAAGCCGGGAUCUCUGCAUCACACGAACCAAACCCCAUUUUACAGUCUGGUGUGCUUGGGACAGAGGUUUCUGCAUUCGUAGUCCUUGCAUGACUUGGAUGUAGUUCUCCAGCAAUGCCUUCAGUCUAGUAAAACACACAGCAUUUCCCAUUUAGACCCACUGUAGCGCUGUCAUUUUCCUCCUCAUAACAUUCUUUUAGCACUACAGCACGAACGAUUUGGAUAAUACUAUACCUGUAUACCAUUCCAAACACAGUGCCUUUAUGAAGUGAACAUCAUAUAAUUCUGCUACACAUAUAGCAAGUAGUACAUUAAAUAGUGUCUACCUCAAGACAAAGAAUUAUUGUAAUAGUUUAAGCCAGGCAUUGUUUCCUGUUAUUUAGCAUUGCAUUGACAAGUUUUAUAUGAAAUGCUGUUAAACCAUAAGAUUUAUGUUACCCGACCUGUAGACAUAUACAGUGCUUGUAUGUUGCAGUGCUGCUUAUUCUAGAAGUUAUUUUUUGUAUAUGAAAUCUUUAGCUUUUGAAGGAAGUGGUCAGAGCAUUACUUGCAUUGAUUUAAUGAUUUCUGCCACUAUGUGUCUUCUGCCAAGAAUAAUUCCGUACUUGCACAAAACUAUUCUACAGUCCGUUAAAAACGUGUUUUUUUUUUUGUACCGUUCUGUUUGGUAGCAAAAAAAUAAUAAUUUUAAUGACCAGUAAUCAAUAAAGUUAAUUAUAUACUUAGAAUUUGUAGUAACCAUAGCACGUAAUUUAAAGGGCAUGGAAUUCUAUUGCCUUCAGGUAGAAGCAGCUUUAGUUUAUUCUAUAUAACCAGUGCUAUCUAGUUAGUCUAAAACAUUUUGUACUAGUUAUAAGAAAUCUUUUAAUUCUCUUACUUUUUUUUAUCAUUUCGCAAUGAAAAUCAAUCCCAUAUACAUGGAAAAGUCAGAAUGCUUAAUUCCAGGAACCAACACUGCCCCCCAAUGCCCCCCCCCCCCCCCCCCCCAAAAAAUAAAAAUAAUACAUAAAAAUACUGUAUGUUCAAAUUAUGUAAAUAAAAAAAAAGAGUCCGGGACAAAUGUUCAGACAUGGGAGAGGCUUAAGAGAGGAGGGGGCUUGUGUGCAGUCCAUGCCUACUCUCCCGGAAGUUGCUGGAAACUUUAUUUUUUUUUGUGUAAUCUCACACCCCCCCGGAAGAGUAGGCACCCCUCCCACAUUUCCACUCACCUCCUGAUGAAGUUGGCAGGAUGCAAAGAAAACCACCGUAAUCGCACACACCAAAUUGAGGAAGCUGGGCUUAAUAAUGUUAUUUGCAUAAUUAAGCCCCACCCCUCUUUCAGUGGAGCUGCAAAUCGUGUCACCCCAUAUGUGGCUAGCAGUGUCUCACCUCCGGUUUUCAGUAAAAGUAGGUAAGUAUGGUGCAGUCUCUGUACGGGUCCCCUUCUCCAGCGGUGCAGGUGAGUAGACUCUAGCACCUCGCCAGAGUCUACUGAGGAUGUGCUGGUCUCCAUGAACAUGGCUGCAGCACCAUUUUCCCAGUGAUUUGUGCAGUGCUGCCACCACUGUACUCUAUAGUGGGCAGUAUAAUAUGUGGGUGUGUGGUGUGACCCCCCCUGACCCAUUAUUCCAAUGCCACGCCAAAGACCUCCACCUUUGUAUGAUAAGGUAAUUAAUAAAUGUGCGCUUACUACUGCAACAUACUAUCACAUUUUAAAUAAGAAACACUCCUCAUACCUAAAUAAACAUUUCAAUAAUGUGUCCUUUUGCUGAUUUUUACUCAAUAUUAUGAAACUCUUAAGAACAUUCAUGUGUCACCAGAACAGAAUUGUAAUUAGGCUAAAUACGCAAAGAUGGCUGUAUUUCCUCACACAGCAUUGGUAAAUGUUGUCCUUGAGUACCCUUUAAUAAUAAUACCUGCUUAUGAGUGUUCUCAACCCUGAGACUGAUUACCUUGUGUUCAUUAUAUAACUUAAACACUUUUUCUAAACACUUUUAUUUAAUGUUCUUAGUUGUAUUAUUGAUGUGUGAAGCCCUUCACAGUUAUAUAGUGCAAGACAAUGGGAAAACAAAAUAAUUGUAAAACAAUUGGGUAGGGAGGGCCCUGCUCAGGAGAGAGGUUAUAGUCUAGUUAUCCUAUAACCCCACUACCUUCAUUCACAACGUUUUUAACUUUUAACAACAUCCAUUGUGGUCCUAAAUGGACAGUAAGUAUUGCCAACUCAGCCAUGAAUGCUUAUGAAAUAUGCAGACUGCGUGGCUUUGCAAUGCGUUUACAUACAGAUGGAAUGCCUGCCUAGUAAACAUGAAUAAAAAGCUUUUUGUCACUCAAAACUGACAAUACAAAAGGGUGAGAAGCACCCAAAUGUUUCUCAUGCUCUGGCAAUUUCUUCUUGCAGGUUUAUCAGACAAGUUAAUAGCCGCCAAUGGUUAACACAGUUUUGCGAACUACCUACUGUACACAGCAACUAAUGGUCCUUGCUUUUCCAGUACUUGUAUAAAUGUACAGACUUGUAAAAUACAUACUGUAACAAAGAGAAAUAUAUUUUUGUUAAUGAUUAAGUGACUGCUAUAAACAUUAGACAGAACUCUGCUUUGCUUACCCCAAAUUAAAGUUUUGGCGUUUUGCAGGGUUGCAAUAUAUUCUUUUAACUGAAAUAAAGUAUGUUUAAUGCUUUACAUAUGCAAUGUUGUUUUCUUGAUUAUUUGCUUUAAUUAUGUAUGUAUAAAUAAUUUAUUCCAAUAAAAUGGGCUUACGUUUUUAUGGUCUCAGCUAUAUGUUUGAAUGAUGUUUGUAGUAUAACAGGAUAAUAUGUCCAAUCUGUUGGUGGACGAAGAAUCGCCCUGUUUUUAAUUUAAACAUAAAUAUGACAUUUAGUAACUUAUAUAUGACUGAACAUGUCCACUUAUGUAUCCUAAUAAAUUUAUUUGAUUUGAUUGUAA